ACAAGUUUCAGCCAAAUGGAUAUGGCAAGCCAUAUGGUCUGCUAUGUCCAUAACAGCAAGGCAGCUGCUCCAAGAGAUAUGUUCAGUAGAUGGUGAAACAGGAACACAUGCUGAAGGCUGCCUUGCCUCUUUUUGCCAGAUUUGUCGUCAGCAACGGGCUAAGAAUUAAACAUGGAAAGUUUGACAUCAUUCUGGAAACAGUAGACCGGGCAUUUCCCACAGUGGUCAAGAAUGAGGGGUUACGAUUGCUUGAAGGUGGUAUGGCAUUCCUCUCUCCAGAUGUUCUACAGCUUUCAGACCCAGAUACGGCUCCACAAAACCUCUCCUUUCUUCUGGCGCAGCUUCCACAAUACGGACAGCUAUACAACAGAGAGUCUGGGCUGUGGCAGCAAAGCUUCAGCCAGCAAGAUGUGGACAAUCUGAACAUUGCUUAUAAACAUGGAGGAGGGGAUUCUCGGAUCGACAGAUUUACAUUUGUGGCAACAGAUGGAGUGAACGAAGGCUUCGUUGUAAAUGGCAAGGUGCAAACAGAGCCUUUGGCGUUCAUCAUUCAGGUGGAUGGUGCAGUAAAAGCUUCAUCAGAAAUUAUCCACCUCCGUUGUGCUUCUGAUGUGGAACUUCUGAAGAAUGGCAAUUACGGCAUUUACAUUACAACUAGGUCACUAAAGAUAUCAAAUUGUGGUGUUGAUGAUGACCAGAUUAUUUUUAGAAUUUUACGAGGACCUCAAUAUGGCUACUUGCAAAAUACAACAACAGGUGGAUUUAUUCAGGAAGAAUUCAAUCAAAGGGAUUUAAGAAGCAAAACCAUACUUUAUAUCAUUGAUCGGUACUGGGAGGGAAACUCAGACAAUCUGGAGAUUCAAGUUGCUAAUCCUGAUGGAAUGUCUGUGGCACCUCAAAUUCUGGAGUUAAAGUGGUCUAAAAUUGAAAUGCAACAAGAUCAUUAUGAAGUAUGUGAAAAUGUGGGGACUCUGCCUUUGAAAGUCACCCGAUUGGGGCAUACCACAGAUUCUGCCUUUGUUGCAGUGAAGGUCACUGAAGUGACGGCUUUAUCAGGAAAGGAUUUUACAGUGGUACCUUCAAAGCUUAUUCAGUUUGAUCCAGGAAUGUCAACCAAGAUGUGGAAUAUAGCAAUUACCUAUGACGGAUUAGAGGAAGACGAUGAGGUCUUUGAAGUGGUUCUGAUCUCCCCUGUGAAUGCUGUUCUUGGCACCAGGACAAAAGCUCGAGUGAAAAUUUUGGACUCAAAAGGAGGUCAGUGCAGCUCAUUCCAUUCCUCUGGCCAAAACACGCACAACUUAUGGAUGAAAGGCAUGCUGCUUCCAGCCUCCUCAGGCUCCUCUUCAUCUUCCAGGCAUGGCGCUGUUCACUUGGAAGGGGUCCCGCUGUCCUCUUCCAAAGAGGUGGUAUUGCAGAGAAGGGACAAACUACCAGAAUUCAAAUCAGUGCAUCUUUCAAGGAGCAGGCUGAGAGCCAUUGGAAAUGGCAAAACAGUUCCCCCUUCUUCCAUAUUUAGAAAUGGCACUGGUGUGUUUCUUAAAUACCAUGGGAUGGCAGUGCUAAGAGUAGAAGAUGACAAUCCAUCACCUAACAAGAUGGCAGCUGAAUCACUGAUAAGCCAAGAUGAGCCAAAGAAGCAUGUGGCUUCCCCAAGAAAAACAGACGUUCCACAGGCAGAUGCCAGCAUUCAGGUAUCAACUUCUUUUGUCCCAAAACUUGGCUUUCCGAAGCAUUGUGCACCAGAUUUAAGGGGUCUCUUGCAUUUUGAAGAAAACAUCCAGAAGUUGUUUCAGUGUGACGGUAUUUCUUGGACUUUAUGGAAUUCCACAAGCAAGAAUGUUAACUUGAAAUCUUGCCCUCCUGGAUGGAGCCAUCAUGAUGAAAGGUGCUAUAUCCUAAUCACUGACCAGAAAGUCCCAUGGAAUGAAGCUGCCUGGGCUUGCAAAGUAUGGUACCAUGGCAGUUUAGCAAGCGUGGCUUCCAAAUUACACAUGCGGUGGCUGUGGAACUUCAGUGAAAGGAGACCCUUUUGGAUAGGCUUGAAUGAUCAACGAAAUCCAGGCCAAUUAGAAUGGAAUGAUGGAGAAAGUGUCGGUUUCACCAACUGGAGAAAAGGUCCCCCUCAUCUUUCAAAGAGAAGAAGGAGCUGCGUUUUAGUACAGCAGCAGGGGAAAUGGCAAAGAAAGGACUGCAGGAAGGGCAAAGGACACAACUAUAUUUGCUCCAGGAAACUGUAAAGAAAACGGACAUUCAAACAUAUACGUGGCCUUUCUUGUGUAUAGUGAUUUUUAAACAUAUUUAUUUGAGAGAGCCAGAACAGCUCAAAAUGAGGGGACAGGAGAUCUAAUUAUAGUAGGCUUACAAAAACCUGUUGU